GGAAUACAAGCUGACCAAAUGCAUAAAGGAAUAUCCACAAAUACAUAGAGGGAUAUCCACAAAUACAUACAGAUUAAAGAUGGAGAAAGAGAUCACAUAGAGAAGAACAUAACGGAAAAUCAUAACGCCAGGUUGAAUAACUACACUUUCUAAAGAUGAUUAUUAGAGUAUUUACACUUCUAUUCUUUUCUUCAAUUCUAAAAAUAGUGAGAUGUGAUGAUGAUAUAAAGGUGAAAGAAACGGAAGCAGAACAAAGAUUAAGGCAUAAAAAGAAUCUUCUGAUGGGGAACAAAGGAAAAUAUACAACCAAGGAGGAAAUACAGAAACCUCCAUCUGAGGAUCAUCCAUGUCGUCUUACUCGGACCUCAGUAGAGAUCACUUUCCCGGAUAUGAAGAGUGAAACCUUCGUCAGUUUCCUGGGGUACAAGGAACCAAACCUAAUUCAUCUCAUGAGGUGUAAAGGAAUGUGUGAGAGUGAUGCUGACAGGAUUGAGUGUGCUCCUGUCAAGGUUCACCAAAAACUGGUAAAGAUGACUGUAAAAACACAGUUUGCUGGCAGAGAACCAAGAGAGAAAAUGAAGGAUAUGGUGCUUGAAGAGCAUGUGGAAUGCGGCUGCCAGUGUAAACAUAUAUCUUCACUAUCCUGCCUGGGACAGUUCAACAACAGAACCUGCGAGUGCGAGUGCGAUGAUCGUCUUUACUCGAAUGAUCGGCUAAGAUGUGAAAUGAGGAAGAAUACAUACUGGGACACUACAGCAUGCCAAUGCAGGAGUAAGAGUGUAGCUCCACGAGGUGUGGAUCAGUAUCCUGGAGUAGAGUGUAGGGACGGAUAUGUCGACCAUCCUCUCAUAAAUUCAGAUUUAGUAAACAGCUCUCCAACCAGAGUAGAGAUUGUCAGUUUAAUUCUUCUUGGAUGUUUCUUCACAGUUUCGUUAUUCUUCGCCGCCUCUACCUUGUACUACAGGAAGAAGGUUAACAGGCUCGUCACUUCACACUCAAGGAAAGAAAAUGAUUUUUCCAAAUCAAAACCUAGAAAAUCCACUUCCCAAUCAAAACCUGCCAAGCCCUCAAAACCAGUUCUUAUUCCGAUCAUGAGCCACGAGCCAUUCCUCGAGGAGAUGAUUUCUCCUAAUGACACCUUUGAGCGAUACAAUGAACAUGGUGUUAGAAUUGACAAAGAUUAUUUUGAAGAAUAAAAAUGUAGGCAUACUUCGUAAGGAUAAAAAUGUCAUGUGCUUUUGUAGAAAAGACGUUUGAGAGAUAUCUUUUUCCCCCUCCAUUGCUAUUUUUGAAACAAAAAUUAUGAAAAUAUUGUUUUUCCGAAGCUACAAGCAUUUGGGACCAUUACAAUUAAUUGCUACAUAAAUUUUGGACCGUUAACAAGUACAUUAAAUGAUUUGGGACCGGUAACAAGUACAUUAAAUGAUUUGGGACCGGUAACAAGUACAUUAAAUGAUUUGGGACCUUU